UAAAUAAAGAAAGAAAAUUCAAGCUGCUCGCGAGGGCUUUUUGUUUCAUCAAUUUUCGUCACUGUCUACAUCUUCUCUCUCUCUCUAGAGAAAGAGAGAUCAACGACCAUAGCACAAUUCAACGUUUUUUCUUUCAUUUUCCGUUUCAAAUUUCAGAAGUGAAAGAUCCAUAACCAUUCAUUUCCAUUUGUAUGGUGUUGGAUCUGUGUAAUAAUAAUUCCAAUCGAGUUUGAUUUUUUUUAUUUUUUUGGGAUCUAAAUCGCUGAAUAGAAGAAGAAGAAGAAGAAGAAGAAGGAUUCGGCAUCGGCGAUGGCGAUGUCGGGUAUGAGAGGACUUUCCGUGUUUAUAAGCGACAUCCGCAAUUGCCAGAACAAAGAACAAGAGCGUCUUCGUGUUGAUAAAGAACUCGGCAAUAUUCGUACUCGCUUCAAAAACGAAAAGGCUUUGACUCCGUAUGAGAAAAAGAAAUAUGUUUGGAAAAUGCUUUACAUAUACAUGCUUGGCUAUGAUGUGGAUUUUGGUCACAUGGAAGCUGUUUCUCUUAUAUCUGCUCCAAAGUAUCCAGAAAAACAGGUUGGGUACAUUGUAACAUCAAGUUUGCUUAAUGAAAACCACGACUUUCUCAGAUUGGCCAUAAAUACUGUGCGUAAUGAUAUCAUUGGUCGCAAUGAAACCUUCCAGUGCCUAGCAUUGACUAUGGUUGGAAAUAUUGGUGGCAGAGAAUUUGCUGAGUCCUUAGCACCUGAUGUACAGAAGUUGCUGUUAUCUAGCAGCUGCAGACCCCUUGUGAGAAAAAAAGCCGCAUUGUGUUUGCUGCGACUGUACAGGAAAAAUCCUGAUGUUGUCAACGUAGACGGAUGGGCGGAUCGAAUGGCUCAACUUUUGGAUGAACGAGACCUUGGUGUUUUGACAUCUUCUAUGAGUCUUCUUGUUGCAUUAGUAUCGAACCAACACGAGGCAUAUUGGAGUUGCCUUCCUAAGUGUGUCAAAACUUUAGAGCGGCUUGCCAGGAAUCAGGAUAUCCCACAAGAAUACACUUACUAUGGUAUCCCAUCUCCCUGGCUUCAGGUCAAAACAAUGAGAGCUCUUCAGUAUUUUCCUACCAUUGAAGAUCCAAAUACCAGAAGAUCAUUGUUUGAGGUCCUACAAAGGAUAUUGAUGGGAACUGAUGUUGUGAAAAAUGUCAACAAAAAUAAUGCUUCCCAUGCUGUUCUUUUUGAAGCCCUUGCUCUGGUAAUGCAUCUUGAUGCUGAAAAGGAGAUGAUGUCUCAAUGUGUGGCUCUUCUUGGCAAAUUUAUUGCUGUCCGUGAACCAAAUAUUCGUUAUCUUGGUUUGGAGAAUAUGACCAGAAUGUUGAUGGUUACAGAUGUGCAAGAUAUCAUAAAAAGACAUCAAGCCCAGAUUAUUACCUCAUUGAAGGAUCCUGACAUCAGUAUUCGGAGGCGUGCUCUAGAUUUGCUUUAUGGCAUGUGUGAUGUUACAAAUGCAAAGGAUAUCGUUGAAGAACUACUGCAGUAUCUCAGCACAGCAGAGUUUGCAAUGCGUGAAGAAUUGUCACUUAAAGCAGCUAUUCUAGCUGAGAAGUUUGCACCAGAUCUUUCAUGGUAUGUUGACGUGAUUCUUCAAUUAAUUGACAAGGCUGGGGAUUUUGUCAGUGACGACAUCUGGUUUCGAGUUGUACAGUUUGUUACAAACAACGAAGACCUACAGCCUUAUGCUGCAGCUAAAGCUCGAGAGUAUCUUGACAAACCUGCCAUACAUGAGACAAUGGUUAAGGUUAGUGCAUAUUUACUGGGGGAAUUUGGACACCUUCUGGGGAGACGACCUGGGUGCAGUCCAAAAGAAAUAUUUAGCAUUAUACAUGAGAAGCUUCCUACUGUAUCGAUCCCUACUAUCUCUAUUCUUCUGUCAACAUAUGCUAAAAUUCUGAUGCACUGUCAACCACCAGACCCUGAACUACAGAAGCAGAUAUGGGCAAUAUUUAAAAAAUAUGAAAGCUCGAUUGAAGUUGAAAUACAGCAACGAGCAGUUGAAUAUUUUGCAUUAAGUAGAAAAGGUGCAGCCCUAAUGGAUAUAUUGGCUGAAAUGCCUAAAUUCCCUGAACGACAGUCUGCAUUAAUUAAAAAGGCCGAAGAUACUGAAGUAGAUACUGCAGAGCAAAGUGCCAUUAAGUUGCGCGCUCAGCAGCAAUAUCAAAAUUCAAAUGCUUUGGUUGUAACAGACCAAAGUCAUGCUAAUGGAGCUCCUCCAGCUGUCGGUGUCGGCCAACUUAGUCUUGUAAAGAUGCCCAGCAUGAGCAGUAAUGUGGAUGAUAUUUCAGCAGAACAAAGAUUAUCCCAGGAAAAUGGGACUUUGAAUCAAGUAGAUUCUCAGCAACCCUCUCCAGAUCUCCUUGGUGAUCUGUUGGGUCCUUUGGCUAUUGAAGGCCCUCCUAGUAGCAAUGUCCACCCUCAGCCAAGCUCAGAUCCAGGAACGGAAGGGACUGUAGUCGAUGCCACGGCCAUAGUCCCUGUUGGGCAAGAGGCCAGUUCUGUGCAGCCGAUUGGAAAUAUUGCUGAAAGAUUUCAGGCUUUGUGCCUGAAGGAUAGUGGUGUUCUAUAUGAGGAUCCUUAUAUUCAGAUUGGCAUUAAGGCAGAAUGGAGAGCUCAUCAAGGGCAUCUUGUUCUUUUCUUGGGGAACAAGAAUACUUCUCCUCUUAUAUCUGUUCAUGCUUUAAUAUUGCCUCCCGUUCAUUUAAAAAUGGAGCUCUCUCUAGUACCAGAUACUAUACCUCCCCGGGCACAAGUGCAAUGCCCACUUGAGAUCAUGAAUUUGCACCCAAGCAGGGAUGUUGCCGUUAUUGACUUCUCAUACAAGUUUGGUAACGAUAUGGUCAAUGUCAAGCUUCGCCUGCCAGCUGUAUUAAAUAAAUUUCUUCAGCCUAUAACUAUAUCUCCAGAAGAGUUUUUCCCGCAAUGGAGAUCACUUCCUGGACCACCUUUGAAGCUUCAAGAAGUGGUUAGAGGUGUUAGACCACUUCCACUACUUGAAAUGGCAAACUUAUUCAAUAGUUUCCAUUUGAUAGUUUGCCCAGGACUUGAUCCCAAUCCAAACAACCUUGUAGCAAGUACAACAUUUUAUUCAGAAAGUACAAGGGCAAUGCUUUGUCUGGCAAGAAUUGAAACAGACCCAGCAGACAGAACCCAGCUUCGAAUGACGGUUGCUUCAGGGGACCCAACUCUAACAUUUGAGCUGAAGGAAUUCAUCAAGGAACAAUUAGUCAGUAUCCCUUUAGCAUCUCGUAUACCACCGACACAUGCAGCUCCGAUGUCUCCGGUGGCUCAACCAGCUAGCGCUCCUCCUCCUGCAGCAUUGAACGAUCCUGGGGCAGCGCUGGCUGCUCUUCUAUGACAAUAUAGAUGUUCAUUAGUCACUAAUUACACACUUGUAAACGUGAUCUAUGCAGCCUAACCCACCCAUGUGUCCCUUGAAGCUAUAUCGGGUGGAUAAAUGAAAUCAUGAGCAAGGGCUGGCGGAGUUAAGAGUGAGCUUGUUUACCAGCUGAGUGUUCCAAUGGGGAUUUAUGGGUUGGUGGGCAUUUUUGAGAUUCUUUCUGCACAAAGUGAUUGUACUUUUAAGCCAGAUUUUAUAUAUUUGGGUGAGGGUUUCGGUUUUCCUAUAUUUUUUCCCAUCCCAGUUUCACUGGAUUGUUUGUGGUGCACCUCAUAGCAUGUAAGAUAUUUCCUUUGAUAGAACCAAUUGUAACAGUUUGGAAAUUGUUCUGAAAUUAUAGUUGUAAUAAUAGCUUUUGGAGUAAGCAUUUUAAUUUCAAA